AUAAAUAAUUAAUUAAUGGAGCAACUCAAUAAACAAAUUCAAGAGCAAGCAGAUGAAUAAGAUAUUGUUGAGGAUUUAAACAUCGAAGGUGUGAAAAUCACAAAAUUCACUGAGGAAAUGGCUGCUCUCUUUACUAAGCAUCAAUCGCUUCUAGGUUUGGCAUUUGAAAAAUGCGGAUUAACAACACUAGAGGGCUUCCCUAAAUUGAAGAAAUUAUAAAAUUUAGAGUUUGAAAACAAUUCUUUAACCGGAACUGCAAUUAAAUAUAUAGCAGAUAAUUUCAAAGAGUUGAUCAACUUGAAUUUAUCAUAAAAUAAUAUUAAGUCAGUUGAUGUAAUCACAAUAAAUAUCAUGAUAGGAUUUGAAACCCUUAGCCUCGCUAACCAAGCUAGAAUCAUUGGAAUUGAAGGAUAACCCUUUGACCAAAGAAGCAGGAUAUCAUAAAAAGGUUUUCCAACUUAUCCCAUCCCUCUAAGUGUUGGACAAUAAGAAUGAAAAGGGAGAGGAAGUCCUUGAUGUAAUAUACUCUAUUUAAUGAUUAGGAUGAAGGUGAUGAUAAUGAUGAUGAUGAAUUAGAUGAGGAUGAUUCAAUUGAUGAAAGUGAUGUAGAUGAUGAAGAAUCAGAGGAGCCAGCUAAGCCAACCAAAAAAACAAAAAAAUGACAUUUUGCCCCAUUAAAACAUAUAAAAUACCGCCAAUAAUCAUUUCAAUAUCCCCAUAUAUACUCAUCACCCUUAUGAAACUAUAUAUCCAAUUCGUCACUAAGCUCAUUCAAAUAAG